AUGAUCUCAUUGGUCUAUAGGAAUCUGGAGAUCGAGCCCCGAGCUAAUCCCUCUCUCUCUCCACCACCGGCGUUGGCCCUGGUCUCCGGUGCCGGUUCCGCAUUGAUGGCCAAGAAAAUGCCUCCCCCUGAAGCCUUUACCCCCGAAACCUCCUCCUCCACCGGGAAUGCCUCUUCCUCUGGUCGAGAGGUGGCUCCACUCUCCUCCUCCCGAGCCUCCACCGCCGCCGCUCACUCUUCUGUCAGCCGUGGCUCCACCUUCCCCCCUGACCAUGCCCUCAAACUGGAUCAACCCACUCCUCUCUAUCUAGUUGUUGUCUUGAUACGAACGCCGAGGAACCAACUCGAAGAUAUGAUAGAGAUGAAACCUUACAGGCGUGUGAUCUUUGAUCCCUCUAGUCUCGGAUCCAGCCGUAACGGAACCGAAGAAACAACCCCAAAUUCCGUCGGUGACCCCGACGAGAAACAUCCGGGUCUUCACGGCCUUGGUACGGUACUCUCUUCUCCGUCGUUCUCCAUAAAGAAUGGCGAGUUCAUGGAUCUGCCAUCCCUGGGUGUGCCGAGGCUACCCUUCCGUUCUGCCGUCGACGAGAUCGAGAGCUAUUUUGCAUACCUAAAUCGGAGCCGGCGAAUCCUCAUUCUCACAUCUCGGGUCUUCAUUUGCUCCUUGUUGGACCGGGCCCAGAUUUCCUUUAUAAUCCAAAAAAAUCUAUUGAUGUAA